AAUUCUCGCGCCUCGCUAUCUGUCCAGAAACCAUCGUGAGGAAUAUUUUCUCCUUCACAUAGCAAGCUGCUCAAUCCGGAAUCGCGAUUCCGCAGGUUGCCAUUAUGCCCGAGGCACAAGCAGCCGCAGCCGCACCGCCGGCGGAGGGCAAGAGCCUUGUCACUUCGAUCGCGCAGAGUAUCGGUCUCUUCCUCCUCGUUCAGGGUGGCAUGAAGUAUUUCAUGCCAGCAACGCCGAAAUCAGCCCCCGCCGUCUCCGAUCCUUCACAGGCAGGGUCCGCCGUUGUUGCGAAGCCGUCCAAUGUCGUGAUUCCCGCAUGGGAACAGAGACCACAAGCGCUCGAUCCCGGUGUCCAAUGGAGUCCUAUACCCUAUGCCGCUGCGCCCAUGUGGCCAGCCGGGACCGAGAUGGAUAUCGCCAUGUACAUUUCUUCGUCCAUCGCUAUGCCCCCGCUCAAGUCGAUGCCGCAGGACACACUCUUGAUCGAUGAGAAGAAUUUCAAGUUUGGAGACUACAACGAGAACAGGGAGAUUAAUACAGAGUUCAAGGUGCCAAAGGCAGUGCAGCAAAAUGCGACUCUGCUCGCUCACUUUUAUGUGGCGCAGAGCGGCAGUGUAAUCGAUCCCACGCAGCCCGGCUACGAUACCGCAAAGGCCUACCACUUCAUCCGUCCCUUGUCCCAGUACCAGCCCAAGAAGAAAAUUGCAAAGACAAGGAAUCUGUUAAGCGAUAUGCCGGAAAGAGUGGAGGCUGAAACGGAGGAGGAGAAGAACGCGCCCAAGAUCGUGGCUUCGUACUACCACCCCAACUUCACCGUCUCUCUGAUUCCAGACGCUGGUACCGUUCAAUAUGCCAACAUGCAUCCUGGUCCGCGCAAGUUCAUCACACUCGAGGCUACCGGCGCACGCGACGCAUCUGGUCAGCACAGCUGGUACUAUCCCAUCGUCUUCACGAACACCUUCUGGCAGCUCAAGAAGCACAUGAUCGAACUAAACGACACAGUCACAACUCUUCCGCUCAAUGUCAAGCUCAACAACUUCGCCCACUGGAAGUUCAACAUCAUAGCUGCCAUGGAUGAGAAUCUGAAUGCAAACGCCAGAGCUGCAGCUGCAGGCCAGUCGACACCCGGAGGAGGCGACGGAUCCGAAAUGGAAAUGUUCAAGGAGAUUCUCAUCGACAGCAACUCGUACCUCCUCGCCAUCACAGCCGUCGUAUCCGUCUUCCACAUGAUCUUCGAGAUGCUCGCCUUCAAAAACGACGUACAGCACUGGCGCAAGAAGAAGGAUAACGUCGGCACCUCUGUCCGCACCAUCCUCGCAAACGUCUUCAUGCAAGCCGUCAUCUUCCUCUACCUCAUAGACAACAACGAAAACACAUCGUACAUGAUUCUCUUCGGCCAAGGCAUGGGCAUGGCAAUCGAAGCCUGGAAAAUCACCAAAUCCGUAAACGUCCGUAUUCGGCCUACAGCCCCUGGCUCCCUCAUCCCUUACACCAUUGUCUUCGAAGAUAAACACGUCCUCUCGGAGACGGAGAAGAAGACGGAGGAAUACGACGCCAUCGCCUUUAAAUAUCUCUACAUGGUCGCCGUACCCCUCCUCGUCGCCUACGCUAUCUACUCCCUCAUGUACGACACACACAAAUCGUGGUACUCGUUCAUCAUCACCACGCUCGUCGGCUCCGUCUACGCCUACGGCUUCCUCAUGAUGGUGCCCGCAUUGUACAUAAACUACCGUCUCCAAUCCGUCGCCCACAUGCCCGGCCGCGCAAUGACGUACAAGUUCCUCAACACCUUCAUCGACGACCUCUUUGCAUUCACGAUUAAAAUGCCGACGCUACAUCGCUUGGCUACGCUGAGAGACGAUGUCAUCUUCUUUGUGUACCUAUUUCAGACGUGGAAGUACAAGGUCGAUUAUAACCGUAUCAAUGAGUUUGGCCAGGGCGGCGAUGACGAGGAGGUCGAGGAGAAGGAUGCUAAUAAGCCGCUGGUGGCGAGUGCGGGUGCGGAUAAGGGGUUGAAGGUUCCGGAUCAGGAGAAGGUGGAGAAGUUGAAGGAGGAGAAGGAGGGGGUGAAGGCUAGUGGGAGUCAGAAGAAGGGUGGGGCGACGAAGAGGAAGUAA